CUCACUGGCUGGGCCGACUGACCGGCCGCUCCUCCUUCUCGUGUGGUGGGUGGAUGGGUGGGUGAGCGGCCGGCCGGCUCUCGGGCAGCAGCCGGCGCCUUCAACACGGCGUUUAACACCACAACUCGGGCAUCAAUCUGCCUGCCAUGCGUGCCCGCGCUGGACUGAGGCGCGCUGCUCGCAGCCAUGAAGGCGAGGACGGGCGAGCGAUGUGAAGCUAUGCCGUAGCUGGGCUGCGACAGCCGGCUUCAAUGAUGCGCCUGUGCUCCCCAAGCCGGCCCGGCAGCCUGCUCAUACUCGCUCUGCUGCAGCUGGCUUUCAUCCUCUUCCUCUACCGCCGCAGCCUCUCUAGCUCCUUCGUCAGUUUGCUGUACGAGGACGACCACGGCCGCUACUGGGAUUACUCCAAAACCUACGACGUCUACACCAACCUCAGCCUGAUCACCCCGGUCCCUGAAGGGGAAACUUUAGCCAAUUGUCCCGCCGAAUCGCCGCUUCUUGUUGGACCACUGACAAUCAGCUUUCAAGCAAUUCCGGGUAUGAGCAAAAUAGAAAGAAAAAAUCCAUAUGUGAAAUCUGGUGGGCGUUAUGCUCCCCCACACUGCAAAGCUUGGUAUAAGACAGCAAUCCUUAUUCCUCAUCGAAACAGGGAGCCACAUUUGCGCCAUCUUCUAUAUUAUCUUCAUCCAUUCCUUCAGCGUCAACAGCUUCAAUAUGCAAUAUAUGUCAUCCAUCAGACUGGAAAUCGUACAUUUAACAGAGCAAAACUGCUUAAUGUUGGAGUGAGAGAAGCACUGAAGGAUGAGGACUGGGACUGUCUGUUUCUACAUGAUGUUGACCUUAUCCCUGAGAAUGAUCACAAUUUGUAUAUUUGUAAUAGAAGAUACCCCAAGCACGUAUCCAGUGCAAUGAAUAAAUUCAAGUACAGGCUACCAUAUAGGAUGUAUUUUGGUGGUGUUUCAGCCUUGACUCCAGAUCAGUACUUACGAAUUAAUGGCUUCCCAAACACAUACUGGGGUUGGGGUGGAGAAGAUGAUGAUAUUUCUGCUAGGAUUUAUUUUGCAGGGAUGAAGAUAAUUCGAACUCCCCUCUCACUUGGACAUUAUAAAAUGAUCUCACAUAAUAUGGAUGUGGGUAAUGAAAAAAAUGACAAAAGAUUUGACAUGGUGGUGAAGGUAUCCAAGUCAUGGCGAUCUGAUGGGAUGAACUCUAUAGAAUACAGCUUACUUCAAAGGGAAGAGCUUCCUUUGUACACCAACAUUACUGUGGACUUUGGAAACAGUCCAACUGUUUAGUCAAAAGUGAAUUAACUACAAAAAACAAACUAUGGUUAAAGGUGUUUCUCAAAGAAUGCCGUCACAGAUGGAAGUAUUAUUGGAUAUACUGCAAAUCCAAAGACAUUCAUUCAGCCCAAAGAAACAGAUAUAACCUACCUGCUUCACAUUCUUUUUUGAAAAGUUAUUUUCGGGAAAAAGAUUUCAGAACUUUCACACAGCUUUUUUUUUUGACAUUGUCAUAUCGGCUAUGGAGAAUUUGUUUCAUAUUUGCUAUUAAUAAUAUCCAUAUGUAAAUUAGAAGCCUAUGCCAUGUGACAUUCAGGAUGAAGUUAUGGAAUGGUUAAUUUAUAUUAUGAAACUUUAAACUUACAGGUUUUGGAAAAUUGCAUGGGUUGACUGCAAAAGUAAAUGCAGCCUGUGUUGUGAAAUCUUUGAAAUCAAUAAACCAAAGGAAUUGACACACUUGCACAUUUUUGUGAAAGUUGCAUCUUAACUAUUCCCUUUGGAAAAUAUUGGCACAACAUGACACUAUCUUUAUAAUUCUAAGGAACUGUAUGAGGACUGCAGGAGAGGUUCCCUGUUAGAAUAUAUGUUUAGUGUGCAUGAUUUUCUCUCAAACUUAUAAAUUGAUCAACAUCUGUAGGGUGCACUAUGGAGACAGAUCAAUCAAUUAAAUUAAUUUGCUACCACCUUGCUAAUGUUUCAUUUUGAGUUGAAAGAAUUUUCGGUUUUAAGAAAAUACGGAAUUUUAGUACUGUCUCAUAAGUACUUGCAUAUAAGCCAUACAUUUAUAAAUCUGUGUGCCAGUUUGAAAUAUGAUUUUUAAAGUGUGUGUAUGUUAUUUCAAUUAUUGUAUUUUAGUAAGUUAUUUUUUUCUGUAGUAUGCUAUUUUUAUCAUUCUUGAAUCGUAAUAAUCACUAUUAUGAGUGUCUUCUGUGUUACCUGGUCUUGCCCAUACUAAUGUUUCCUGUCCUUCAAUCAUUGCCAUAUGGUCAUUUUAUCUAUAAUCAUACACCCUCAUCAUGUGCUCAGCUUCUAAAGGAAUGUGAAUAUUUCUCAAUGAAAGCACUUACAGGUUUCCAGCAUAUGUGGUCUUUCUUUGAAUUGUAAUUUUUGACAAGCCAUAAUAUUAUGCAUUGAAGAAGAUGGUCAUUUUGCCCAUUGUGCCUUUGCCACAUUUUUGGAAGAUUAAAAUAGUCUCUCAACGUCCUUCAUUAUUCACAAAAGCCCUGCAGACUUGCAAACUUGAAAUAGAAAUCUAAUUCCACUUUUGAAAGAAACUGUUACAGAUGAUGCGUUUCUAGGUCAUAACUUGCUGAAUGUAAACUAUCAUCACCCUUCCAUCCUACCCCGAUAAGAUGUUUGCCACACAUUUUACAUCUGUGGCCUUUGCAAACAGUUAGUCAAGAUACUUUCUUCCCAAUAACUCUUAAUUCAAACCACUGUUCUUGGAAGACCAUGUUUGCCUUUUCUGCAGAUUACCAAAAUACUUCAUCUCCUUCAUCCCCAUUUUGUGCCUCUGAUACUUCAAGCAUGCAGAUUGCAUUAUUUAGUAUAGGCGAGGAACACAAGGUGCUAGUUGAAAGAUGGUGAAUAAAUGGAACUGACUAGAUAAUAGAUAAUGUCUAUUUUUAAAUAAUGUUUAUGUUACUUAAUUGUUGAUUAGUCAUGAUAAGUCAACCUCAUUAAUUAGUCUGCAGGUGAAACAAACCCUAAUGAUAAGCAGCUUAGGGAGAUAAAGCUCCCAAGUCACCUGAUCUAAGUGUCCUUCACUUGCUAAAACUCAGCAGAUUGGAAAAAAAAAGAGCAUCUAAAAAAUGAUUGUCAGGACCCAAUAAAGGGUUGGUUUGAUAGACAUUUCCAGGAUGUUUCUAAUAAAGAUAGUUUCUAACAAAUGAUAUUUCCACAACUUUUUCUUGUUUUACUUAUUGGUUUUAUAGAAUGAGAUUCUACAUUGAAAAUCAACUAAUUGAACAUUUUGGAUACAGUUGUUGUUUUCCUUUUGAAAUUGUUCUUGUUUCAUUCCAAAGAGGAAGAACGAUUCCAAGGGAAGUAAGGGGCGACCGUAGCUGACAAAGGGAAGUCAAGGACAGUAUAAAAACAAAAGAGAAGAACUAUAACAUAGCAAAGAUGAGCGGGAAGCCAGAGGAUUGGGAAACUUUUAAAGAGCAACAGAAGAUAACUAAAAAGGCAAUACGGGGACAAAGGAAAUGGCAGACGAGUUGAACAGGUACUUUGGAUCUGUCUUCACUAAGGAAGAAUAGGGAUUAACGGGUCCCUUUCAGAAUGGCAGGCAGUGACUAGUGGUGUACCGCAAGUCUCGUAGCUGGGACCGCAGCUAUUUACAAUAUACAUCAAUGAUUUAGAUGAAGGGAUUCAAACUAACAUUAGCAAAUUUGCAGAUGACACAAAGCUGGGUGGCAGUGUGAACUGUGAGGAGGAGGCUAUGAGGAUGCAGGGUGACUCGGACAGGUUGGGUGAGUGUGCGGAUGCAUGGCAGAUGCAGUUUGAUGUGGAUAAAUGUGAGGUUAUCCACUUUGGUGGCAAAAACAGAAAGGCAGAUUAUUAUCUGAAUGGUGUCAAGUUGGGAAAAGGGGAAGUACGAAGAGAUCUGGGUGUCCUUGUUAUCACUCACUGAAAGUAAGCAUGCAGGUGCAGCAGGCAGUAAAGAAAGCUAAUGGCAUGUUGGCCUUCAUAACAAGAGGAGUUGAGUAUAGGAGCAAAGAGGUCCUUCUGAAGUUGUACAGGGCCCUAGUGAGACCACACCUGGAGUAUUGUGUGCAGUUUUGGUCUCCAAAUUUGAGGAAGGACAUUCUUGCUAUUGAGGGACUGCAGCGUAGGUACACGGGGUUAAUUCCCGGGAUUGCGGGACUGCCAUAUAUUGAUAGAAUGGAGUGGUUGGGCGUGUAUACAUUGGAAUUUAGAAGGAUGAGAGGGGAUCUUGAAACAUAUAAGAUUCAGGAAACAUGUUCCUGGUGUUUGGGGAGACAAGAACCAGGGGCCACAGUUUAAGAAUAAAGGGUAGGCCAUUUAGAACGGAGAUGAGGAAAAACAUUUUCACCCAAAGAGUUGUGAAUCUAUGGAAUUCUCUGCCUCAGAGUUAGAUAGAGCCCUUAAAGAUAGCGAAGUCAGGGGAUAUGGUGAGAAGGCAAGAAUGUGGAAGACCAGCCAUGAUCACAGUGAAUGGUGGUGCUGGCUCGAAUGACCGACUCCUGCAUCUAUUGUCUAUUGUAAAUGUGAGUGCAAUUGCUGUCGAGAAUAUAUGAUAUUGAUUUAAUUUAAAAGAUGACUAAGUUUGAUUUUUAUGUUUUUCCCUAUGUAUCUCUAAUAUAGUUUUGUGUUACCGACACUUAGAAUUUUUGACAUUUGUCAAAUGUAAAGAUUGGAUAGUGAAGAUACUGUAACAUUAAUUUCAAAUUUGGGAACUAAAACAUCUUGACAAGGUAAUGAGAAAAUUAAGAAUAUUUAUCAGUUUUUGGACUGUAUUGUCUUGCUUUUGCAUGUGCAGGUGUUGUAAAUAUCUACAUUCCUUUUUCUAAAUGUUAGAAAGUGGGCGCUACCAAGAAGAGAGUUAUGUUAGAUUAUUAGAAAGAUGACAAUACAAAUAUUUAUAUUUUGUCAUCAACACGCACAAGAAUUGUCUCUUGUAUAUAAUUUUACACUUUGGUAUUUUUCCUGAUUCAUAACAUGAAAGUUGCACAAAGUUGAGAGAAACUGCUUAUCAAUAUGGUUAAUUUUGUAUUUGUGGAAUUGCACAAUAAGCAAGCCAAAAAUGAAUGGUGUGCAGAUCUUAUCAGCAAAUGUUAUUGUAAACAAGGCUGCAAACAUUGAAAGUAUUGAGAGUGUUAAUAAUUUAUAGCAUCCAAUGCCUUAAAGCUUUGGUCAAUUUUCUUUGAGCAUAUUGUCAUCUAGUCAUUUGAAAUUAAGUUGAUUAUUAUUUUAAUCUCUAAUAAGCAGCACCAAUGUAUUGUUAAAAUACUCUGUCUACAAAUGAUGGCAUUGUUUGCUCUGUUUUUCCCCCAAAUGCAAAUUACGGAAUAAACAUUUUGUUUA